UGAAUAGUAAAAUAAUUAUUAAUUAAAUAUAUUGAAUAAGAAAUAUAAAUAUUACAUUAAACAUUCAUCGUAAUAUUAGAAUUUGAUAUAAAAGCAAAACAAUUAGAAUAAGUAAAUAUAUAAUAAAAAAAUAAUAAGUAAAUAUACAAUAUUAGAAUAGGUAAAUAUUCAGAUACAUAACCUAAAAAUAAUUUAUAUUUAAUUCUUUGACAAGUUUUGAAAUUAAGAACACUUUAAUUUGACUAUAGUCAUACUUUAUAUGCAAAAUAUAAUAAAAAACAUUUCUAUGAAUUUCAAAACUUGUCAAUUACUUUGGCAAGAAAAUCUUGUCAAUUAUUUGAUAUUUAAGGGAUUUGAUCAUUUUUAUCAGACUAUAAUAAUUUGGUUUUAAUUGUAUUAUAAAUAUAAUUAUCCAUAUAAUUUUAAACUUGGAUCUGAUGACUUUUGAGUUAUUAUUUACACAAAAUCAUGAAGUUUUUAAGCAUAUCCUCAUAUUUAGAUAUAUAUAAUUAAUGUUUUGUUGCCUGUAUUUCCACAAUUUACAUAUAAAUACUUCUUUGAUAAUUUUUUUAUUAUGCAUCCUACUUAAUAAUAUACACAUUUCUUCCAAAGAAAAAAAAAACAUUGUGAUGGAAGCUCUAGGAACCGAUACUAAACAUGGUCGUUGUUGCGUUUGCAUGGUGAAAAACAAAAUAUGUACCAGAAAAUGUGAAUUUGCUGCAUAUUUUCCAAAUGAAAUGCAAGACGAUUAUGAAGCUGCUACUAAACUGUUUGGUACACAAAAUAUUAUAAGAAUGAUGAAACUUGCUGCUCAUGAACAAAAACAUUUGUUAGCAUCAUCGAUACUCAAAGAAAGUGCUGCAUGGACCGAUGAUAAUAUCGGAGGUGGAUAUGGAGUGAUACAAAAGCUGAGGUGGGAAAUCGAAUUACAUGAAGCCUCCCUCUCUAAGAUAAGGAUGAAGAUUUCAGAAGAAAAAAAACAAUUAGUUCUACUUUCAAAUCAGUAUAUAUAAUGAAAUUUAUCUAUCUUGAUUUAUCCAAUAAUAAUUAUUCAAUGGUUAAUUAUAUCAAAUGUUGAAAUUUAAAAUAUACAAUUUCACAAUGUAAUUGUUGCAAGCUAAUCACUUAAUUGUGCAUGCUUAUAGUGAUCAUAAAAAAGACACUUUGAAGCCUAAAAAUGAUAUCAAAUGUCAUAAAGCAAUUUUUAAUGGCACUUUCAAAUUGUAAUUAUAGCAAUUUUCUAAUUUCUAUAUUGAAAAUUUUAAACUUUUUUUCAUUGAACAACCAAUUCAGUAGUUAAUAAUUUCUUCUAUUAUUCACUUUGUAAUGAUAAUACAGUUAUGUGAGUUGCAAAUACAUUUAUGUAUACAAGAUUGACAAAUAAAAAUCUAUACUAAUAAAAAAGACCCUUUGAGGCUCCAUGGGAUGUCCACAUAAGCGAAAACGUUUCUCCCGCAAAAUGUCACAUGGUUUUAUUACUAAAAAAUAAAAAAAUGAAUAAUAAGUAUAUAUAAAAUAUAAGAAAAUAUAAAUAAUAAGUAAAUAUACAUACAAGAAAAAAUACGUAAAUACACAAUAAAAGGAAUAGAAAAACUAAAUUAAGCAUCGAUCUGAAAAUAUAUAGUAAAAUAAAUAAUAAGUAAAUAUACAACAUAAAAAUAAAAAAUAUUACAUUAAACAUCUAUUAUAAUAUUUAAAUAAGUAAAUAUAAAAUUUAAUAAAAAUAAAUAAUAAGUAAAUAUAUAAUAUAAGAAAUAGAAAACUACAUUAAACAUCUAUCAGAAAAAUAAAUAAUAAUAUAAAUAGUAAUUAAAUAUAUUGUAUAAGAAAUAUAAAUAUUAUAUUAAACAUCCAUCGUAAUAUUAGAAUUUGAUAUAAAAGCAAAACAAUUAGAAUAAGUAAAUAUAUAAUAUAAAAAAAUAAUGAGUAAAUAGACAAUAUUAGAAUAGGUAAUUAUUAAGAUACAUAACCUAAAAAUAAUUUAAAUUUAAUUCUUUGACAAGUUUUGAAAUUAAGAACAAUUUAAUUUGACUAUAGUCAUACUUUAGUUGCAAAUAUAGUAAAAAAAAGUUCUAUGAAUUUCGAAACUUGUCAAUUAUUUGAUAUUUAAGGGAUUUGAUCAUUUUUAUCAGACUAUAAUAAUUUGGUUUAAAUUAUAUUAUAAAUAUAAUUAUCCAUAUAAUUUUAAACUUGGAUCUGAUGACUUUUGAAUUAUUAAUUACACAAAAUCAUGAAGUUUUUAAGCACAUCCUCAUAUUUGGAUAUAUAAAAUUAAUGUUUUGUUGCCUGGAUUUCCACAAUUCACAUAUAAAUACUUAAUAAUCUACAUAUUUCUUCCAAAGAAAAAAAAUAUUGUGAUGGAAGCUCUAGGAACCGAUACUAAACAUGGUCGUUGUUGCGUUUGCAUGGAGAAAAACAAAAUAUGUACCAGAAAUGUGAAUUUGCUGCAUAUUUUCCAAAUUAAAUGUAUAUAUUUUCUUAUACUUUAUAAUCUGUCUUUUCUCCUAACGGUGUUAGACAUUAGGAGUGAUUGGUUGGGCUUUAUCUCCAUACUUUAGCUUUAUUUAUUUCUAAAGCACUAAACUUUACCAAUCAUGUUGUAGCUUUAUUUUUGUUAGUCAAAGCCUACACUAAAUUUCUAUUAACUUUUACCAAUCAUGCUUUAGCUUUAUUUUUAAAGCUACAGCAAAAAAAAAUAAAGCAAAUUUUUUCUUAUGUAUUUAGGCAAAAAAUCUAAAUAAUUGUUUUAUAGGUUGUAGCAACUGUAAAAUGAAGAAACUAUCUAUAAUAUCAAAUAAAUUAGAUAAUCAUAAUAAAAACAUUUGUAAGUAUUUUUAUUUAAUUAUAGGUGUUUCCAAAAUUAUUGAAAUAUUUUAAAUACAAUAAAAUAUUAUUUACAUAUCACAUUUUAAAUAACAGUAAGCUUUGAUAAUUUAUAAGAAUCAUUAUAUAAAUUAUUUUAGUUCAUAAAAAAUAAUUAUUUUUUAUAUACAUUACAUAUUUGAGUUUGAAAUAUCUACAACAUAUAGCUUACAGCUGCAACAAAUUUAACUACAACAAAAGUCUCUGCAAAAAAGUUUACAGUUACAACUUUACAACUACAACCAAGUUACCUACAGCUAAACUUUUACAGAUAAAUUUUUACAGCCACAGUCAAACCAAUCAUCACCAUAUUUUUGAACUAGAAUUUAAUGUUGAUGUAUUGUUACAUCAAUCUUUUAUAGGCAAGGCGAUUAUGAAGCUGGUACUAAAUUGUUUGGUACACCAAAUAUUAUAAGAAUGAUGAAACUUGCUCCUCGUGAACAAAAACAUUUGUUAGCAUCAUUUUCCAAAUGAAAUGCAAGACGAUUAUGAAGCUGCUACUAAACUGUUUGGUACACAAAAUAUUAUAAGAAUGAUGAAACUUGCUGCUCAUGAACAAAAACAUUUGUUAGCAUCAUCGAUACUCAAAGAAGGUGCUGCAUGGAUCGGAGGUGGAUAUGGAGUGAUAUAAAAGCUAUGGGAAAUCAAAUUACAUGAAGCCUACCUCUCUGAGAUAAGGAAGAAGAUUUCAGAAGAAAAAAACAAUUAGUUCUACUUUCAAAUCAGUAUAUAUAAUGAAAUUUAUCUAUCUUCAUUUAUCCAAUAAUAAUUACUUAAUGGUUAAUCAUACAAAUGUUGAAAUUAAAACAUAGCAUGAGCACUAUGUAAUUGUUGCAAGUUAAUCACUUAAUUGUGCAUCCAUUAUAGUGAUCAUAACAAAAAAGACACUUUGAAACCUAAAAAUGAAAUCAAAUGUCAUAAAGCAAUUUUUGACGGCAUUUUCAAAUUGUAAUUAUAGCAAUUUUCUUAUUUGUAUAGUGAAAAUUUCUUCUAUUAUACACUUUGUAAUGAUAAUACAGUUAUGUGAGUUUCAAAUACAUUUAUGUAUACAAGAUUGACAAAUAAAAAUCUAUACUAAUAAAAAAGACAUUUUAAGGUUCCAUGGGAUGUCCACAUAAGCGAAAUUUUUUUUUCCGAAAAAUGACAUGUGGCUUUAUUACUAAAAAAUAAAAAAUGAAUAAUAAUUAUAUAUAAAAUAUAAGAAAAUAUAAAUAAUAAGUAAACAUACAUACAAGAAAAAAAAAUAUACAAUAUAAGAAAUAGAAAAACUAAAUUAAACAUCUAUAUGAAAAUGUAGUAAAAUAAAUAAUAAGUAAAUAUACAACAUAAAAAAUAAAAAUAUUACAUUAAACAUCUAUUAUAAUAUUAGAAUAAAUAAAUAUAAAAUAUAAGAAAAAUAAAUAAUAAGUAAAUAUAUAAUAUAAGAAAUAGAAAACUACAUUAAACAUCUAUCUGAAAAAUGUAUAAUAAAAUAAAUAGUAAGUAAAUAUAUUGUAGAUCCGACGUCUGAAUGCAAAAUCCAUAGCAUUUAGAAUAUCUAGAUAAUUGAGACACCAAAACUGUAGAAUUUGGAUAGAGCAUUUGCAUAUUAAAAUCCAAAAGACUUAAAUACCUCUCAAUAUAAUAAAAGAUGACUAAUUUAUAUCAACUAUUAUUAUUAGAUCUAGUUUAAAAUUAAUAAAAUUAUGUUUUCCUCAAAACCAUAAAAUCAUUUUGUAAAAAAAAUUUCUCGCCAAAAUCACAAAAUCAAGUUUUUUCGUCAAAACCAAAAACACGCUUUCUGCCAAAAUAACAAAAUAGGAUUUUCCGUCAAAACUGAA